UGCCACGACUCCACACGCGCGCACGCAGCCAGCGAGCGGCCCGAGCGGACGGCAGACGGGGCGGGCGGCGUAGGGGUCGCGGCGCUUGCAGCUGCUUGGGGGCGGCUUCUCGGCGGAGGCUCGGCCGGCUCCUCUCUCCCGGUUUCGCGGCGGCGGCGGCGGUUCCUGCCCUCUCGCUCACCCUCCCGCGUCUCCGGCUGCAGGUGAAAGGAAAGCAAGCCAGGAUGGAUAUUUACGACACUCAGACCUUGGGGGUUGUGGUCUUUGGUGGAUUCAUGGUGGUUUCUGCCAUCGGCAUCUUCCUGGUGUCGACAUUCUCCAUGAAGGAGACGUCAUAUGAAGAAGCUCUAGCCAACCAGCGCAAGGAGAUGGCAAAAACUCACCACCAGAAAGUGGAGAAGAAAAAGAAGGAGAAAACAGUGGAGAAGAAAGGAAAGACUAAGAAAAAGGAAGAGAAACCCAAUGGGAAGAUACCUGACCAUGAGCCAGCCCCCAACGUGACUGUCCUCCUCAAAGACCCGGUGCGGGCACUGCCAGUGGCCGUGGCUCCAACCUCAGUCCCAUCCCCUGUGGUCAUUGCCCCCGUGGCCACGGUACCAGCCAUGCCCCAAGAGAAGCUGGCUUCUUCCCCUAAGGACAAAAAGAAAAAGGAAAAAAAAGUGGCAAAGGUGGAACCAGCAGUCAGUUCUGUGGUCAAUUCUAUCCAGGUUCUUGCCUCAAAGGCUGCCAUCUUGGAAGCCGCUCCCAAGGAGGUGCCUAUGGUGGUUGUGUCCCCAGUGGGUGCCAAGGGCAGUGCCUCAGCCACCAGCACUGCACAGGGCAAGAAGGCAGAGGGGGCCCAAAGUCAGGGCAAGAAGGCAGAGGGGGCCCAAAAUCAGGGCAAGAAGGCAGAGGGGGCCCAAAAUCAGGGCAAGAAGGUAGAGGGGGCCCAAAAUCAGGGCAAGAAAGCAGAGGGGGCCCAAAAUCAGGGCAAGAAAGCAGAGGGGGCCCAAAAUCAGGGCAAGAAGGCAGAUGGGACCCCCAACCAGGGCAAGAAGGCAGAUGGGACCCCCAACCAGGGCAAGAAGACAGAGGGGGCUCAGAACCAGGGUAAGAAAGGAGAGGGGGCUCAAAAUCAGGGCAAGAAAGGAGAGGGGGCUCAAAAUCAGGGCAAGAAGACAGAGGGGGCUCAGAACCAGGGUAAGAAAGGAGAGGGGGCUCAAAAUCAGGGCAAGAAGGCAGAGGGGGCCCAGAACCAGGGCAAGAAGACAGAGGGGGCCCAGAACCAGGGCAAGAAGACAGAGGGGGCCCAGAACCAGGGCAAGAAGGCAGAUGGAACCCCCAAUCAGGGCAAGAAGACAGAGGGGGCUCAGAACCAGGGUAAGAAAGGAGAGGGGGCCCAGAACCAGGGCAAGAAGGCAGAGGGGUCCCAGAACCAGGGUAAAAAGGCAGAAGGGGCCCCCAACCAGGGCAAGAAGACAGAGGUGCCUCAGAACCAGGGUAAGAAAGCAGAAGGGGCCCAAAAUCAGGGCAAAAAGGCAGAAGGGGCCCAGAACCAGGGCAGUAAGGCAGAGGGGACCCCUAACCAGGGCAAGAAGACAGAGGGGGCCCAGAACCAGAGCAAGAAGGCAGAGGGGGCCCAGAACCAGGGCAAGAAGACAGAGGGGGCCCAGAACCAGGGCAAGAAGGCAGAGGGGAACCAGAACCAGGGCAAGAAGGCAGAGGGGGCCCAAAACCAGGGCAAGAAGGCAGAGGGAACCCCCAACCAGGGCAAGAAGGCAGAGGGGGCCCCCAACCAAGGCAAGAAGGCAGAGGGGGCCCAGAACCAGAGCAAGAAAGCAGAGGGGGUCCCCAACCAGGGCAAGAAGGCAGAUGGGGCCCAGAACCAGAGCAAGAAGGGAGAGGGAACUCCCAACCAGGGCAAGAAGGCAGAGGGGACCGCCAACCAGGGUAAGAAAGCAGAGAGCGCCCAGAAUCAGGGCAAAAAGUCAGAGGGGGCCUCCAAUCAGGGCAAAAAGGCUGAAGGGGCCCCCAACCAGGGCAAGAAAUCAGAAGGGGCCUCUAACCAGGGCAGAAAAGCAGAGGGGGCACAGAAUCAAGGCAAAAAGACAGAGGGGGCCCAGAAUCAGGGCAAAAAAGAGGAAGGUACCCCAAACCAGGGCAAAAAGGUAGAAGGAAGCCCCAGUCAGGGCAAGAAGGCAGAAGGGACCCAGAACCAGGGCAAGAAGACAGAGGGGGCUCCCAACCAGGGCAGAAAAGCAGAGGGGGGCCAGAAUCAGGGCAAAAAGUCAGAUUUGGUUGUUAAUCAGGGUACAAAGGCAGAUGGUGUUGCAAACCAGGGGAAAAAAGCCGAAGGCGCCCCCAGUCAAGGGAAGAAGGCAGAGGUCACCUCGAAUCAGGGCAAAAAGGCAGAAGGGUCCCCCAGCCAGGGCAAAAAGGUGGAUGCAUCUGCCAAUCAGAGUAGAAAAGGAGACUCAGCUCCUGUCCAGGGCAAAAAUGCAGAUAUGGUCCAGAGCCAGGAGGCACCAAAGCAAGAGGCUCCUGCAAAGAAGAAGUCUGGGUCAAAGAAGAAGGGUGAUUCCGGGCCCCCAGACGCCAACAGCCCUCCCUGCCUCCCCUACAAGACACUGGUCUCCACAGUGGGAAGCAUGGUGUUCAGCGAGGGCGAGGCCCAGCAGCUCAUCGAGAUCCUGUCUGAGAAAGCUGGUGUCAUUCAGGACACGUGGCACAAGGCCACUCAGAAGGGUGACCCUGUGGCAAUUCUGAAACGCCAGCUGGAGGAGAAGGAGAAGCUGCUGGCCACAGAGCAGGAGGAUGCGGCUGUUGCCAAGAGCAAACUGAGGGAGCUCAACAAGGAGCUGACAGCGGAAAAGGCCAAGGCCGCAGCUGGGGAGGCCAAGGUGAAAAAGCAGCUCGUGGCCCGGGAGCAGGAGAUCACAGCCGUGCAGGCUCGCAUGCAGGCCAGCUACCGGGAGCACGUGAAGGAGGUGCAGCAGCUGCAGGGCAAGAUCCGAACUCUCCAGGAACAGCUGGAAAACGGCCCCAACACGCAGCUGGCCCGCCUGCAGCAGGAGAACUCCAUCCUGAGAGAUGCCUUGAACCAGGCCACGAGCCAGGUGGAGAGCAGGCAGAAUGCAGAGCUGGCGAAGCUCCGGCAGGAGCUCGGCAAGGUCAGCAAGGAGCUGAUGGAGAAGUCGGAGGCCUCUCGGCAGGAGGAGCAGCAGCGGAAAGCUCUGGAGGCCAAGGCAGCCGCCUUCGAGAAGCAGAUCCUUCAGCUGCAGGCGUCUCACAAGGAGAGUGAGGAGGCCCUGCAGAAGCGCCUGGACGAGGUCAGCCAAGAGCUCUGCCGCUCGCAGACCAGCCAUGCCAGCCUCCGGGCGGACGCCGAGAAGGCCCAGGAGCAGCAGCAGCAGAUGGCUGAGCUGCACAGCAAACUGCAGUCCGCAGAGGCGGAGGUGAGGAGCCAGUGCGAGGAGCUGCGCGGCCUGCACGGGCAGCUCGACGAGGCCAAGGCCGAGAACGUGCAGCUCGCAGAGAGGAUCCGCUCCAUCGAGGCUCUGCUGGAGGCCGGCCAGGCCCAGGAUGCCCAGGCCAGCCAAGCGGAAGCCGACCAGCAGCAGGCCCGCCUCAUGGAGCUGGAGUCCCAGGUGUGGUGUCUGGAGAAGGAGGCCACCGAGCUCAAGGAGGCGGUCGAGCAGCAGAAAGUGAAGAACAACGACCUCCGCGAGAAGAACUGGAAGGCAAUGGAGGCUCUGGCCUCGGCCGAAAGGGUCUGCGAGGAGAAGCUACGCUCCCUGACCCAGGCCAAGGAGGAGUCGGAGAAGCAGCUCAGCCUGACCGAGGCCCAGACCAAGGAGGCUCUGCUGGCCCUGCUCCCGGCGCUCUCCGACUCGACCCACCAGAAUUAUGCCGAAUGGCUGCAGGAGCUCAAAGAGAAAGGCCCGGAGCUGCUGAAACCGCCGCCAGCGAACCCAGAGCCCUUGGACCUGGCCUCCAAGCUCAGGGAGGCGGAGGAGACGCAGAGCAGCCUGCAGGCCGAGUGUGACCAGUACCGCACCAUCCUGGCCGAAACGGAGGGCAUGCUCAAGGACCUGCAGAAGAGCGUGGAGGAGGAGGAGCAGGUGUGGAAGGCCCGGGUGAGCGCCACAGAGGAGGAGCUCCAGAAGUCACGCGUCACAGUGAAACAUCUUGAAGAGAUUGUCGAGAAGCUGAAAGGAGAACUCGAAAGUUCAGAUCAGGUGAAGGAGCGCACCUUGCACCUAGAGGCCGAGCUGGAGAAGCACAUGGCAGCCGCCAGCGCCGAGUGCCAGAGCUACGCCCAGGAGGUGGCGGGGUUGAGGCAACUUUUAUUAGAAUCUCAGUCUCAACUGGACGCAGCCAAGAGUGAAGCCCAGAAACAAAGCAAUGAGCUUGCCCUGGUCAGGCAGCAGUUGAGUGAGAUGAAGAGCCACGUAGAGGAUGGUGAUGUAGCCGGGUCCCCGGCUGUCCCCCCAGAGGCCCCCCCAGCAGAGCAGGACCCCGUCGAGCUGAAGACGCAGCUGGAGCGGACAGAAGCCCUCCUGGAGGACGAGCAGGCACGACGGCAGAAGCUCACAGCUGAGUUUGAGGAGGCUCAGAACUCGGCGUGUCGGCUGCAGGGGGAGCUGGAGAAGCUCCGCGACACCAGCCCCCUCGGGUCCUCUGAAGCAGAGGAGGCUACGCAGCUGAAGGAGAGACUAGAAAAAGAGAAGAAGCUGACGAGUGAUCUGGGACGUGCUGCCACCAAACUACAGGAGCUGUUGAAGACAACCCAGGAGCAGCUGGCAAAGGAGAAGGACACCGUGAAGAAGCUGCAGGAGCAGCUGGGCAAGGCAGAGGACGGCGGCAGCUCAAAGGAGGGCACCUCUGUCUGAGUCUCCUGAGGAAAAAGAAGUUACUGUUCCACUUACCAAAAUGCCUUACACAUUCCUACAAGUCAACCGCCCAGCCGACACAGCGUCGUCCUCCGGGCCUGACUUUGCAUCUGAGACGCCGUCAGAGAUGACAGUGUCUCAGCACCAGAAAUUGAUCUUCCAGAUCCCUGUUUGUAAGAGAACCUUUGUCACAUUUGAUAAACACUAUUCCCCAGGACCAGCCCUGGACCGCCGGCCAGCGGACACCAAAGCCCUCAUCAGCUGUGGGGCAGACCCGGGGUGUGUGCUGGGGAGGCCGGGACCUCUGGGCACCUGUAUGUCAGUCAGUGCAAUUGUUUUGUCUCUUGUGGGGUCGGGGGUCAGGCGGUGGGCGGUCUUGUGGGUGGGUGGGCUGCCGAGACUGGAGAGUCACAACCCAGUGAGGCAGCAGCCCUGAGCCCUGGAAGGAGUUGACACCAGAACUGAUGUGACCUCCUGGACGUGAAAUCCAUUAAAACCCACAUGUCGCCCGGCA